AUGUCAUCAAGUGGAAAGUGGUUUGAAUUGAAGCACAGACAUCAAACGAUCCGAGUUGAGGCGAAGAGUUACUCUUUUCAUUCAACAACAUAUCUUUAUCGAAAUCCGUUGAUUGAGAGCACUUUCAUCCAUUUACCCAAAGAAAUCGUGAACCGCUUUCUGCUCUCUGUCACGAAGAAACUUCAAGUGAGAAUCGCGAAAAUCAUCGAUGAUUCGAAUAAAGAGCACAAUCAACUGAUUCUCUCGAAAUCUCUUCUCUUCCACAAUGUGCAAUACUUGCAAAUCAUUUUCCAAUGUGUCGACAAUUUGCUGCAAUUGUGUUUGAUGGUGAAAAGAUCGAAUGUUGAAAGAAUGCAUCUCUAUCAAGAUUUAUGCUUUCAAUCGGAUUUCCCACCGUUUUGCAGUUGUCGAUAUGUGAAUACGAAGAAAUUGCAAAGUCUGCUGGCAAAGGCAAAGCUGCCGACUUCGACAGCUCUCUGUCUUCAACUCAAACAGCCUCGUCCAAUUCUAUUAGAUUGCGGGAAAUUGAUUCAAAAUCACAUUGAUUAUCUGAAAUUGAAAAGGAAAACGCUGGAUGUUGUCCUUUCAAUCGCACAAAUUCCCAAUUUUUUGGAGGAGAUUCGCCAGGAAAAAGACGAUUUUAUGUUCGAAGAGCUGACGCUGAGACCAAUGGAGUAUUGGCUGAAUCUUGAUCACUUGAAAGGACCGGAUGAAAGGAAAACCGAAAAAUCGGCCACUCAACUCUAUGAAAUCGAGAUUGUGUCGAACUUUGCGAAAAUUUUGAAACUCAAACAGAAUGAUGAA